CAAACACUAACAUUUUCCCGUUGGAAACUCCUUUGAGCAGUAAGGUACCGUACAUUCAACCGUACCCACACAUCGUAAACAUGGCUCAGCUACCCGUGUAUAAUCCGCCUUCACCGUUCCUCGGGCAUCUACCGACUGGAUUGGGAUUGUACCGUAAAAUCACCAUCCGUGGUCGAAUGACACAUGACAUGUUCAACAUCAACCUGCAAUGCGGACCUAACGUAGACCCGAGAGAUGACGUUGCCCUUCACAUCAGCAUACGGCCGCGCGAAGGACUCAUCGUGCGUAACACGUACCAGCACAGAAGUUGGGCAAUAGAGGAGCGUUUUGGGGGCUGCUCGGUGCAGAAAAGAUCGUAUUUCGACAUCAGCAUCACCGUAAAACCGGACUGCUACGGAAUCGCCGUGAAUGGGUGUCAUUUUUGUGAUUUCAAGCAUCGGUUGCCGUUCGCGUCGGUACGGUUCGUUCAUACAGGUGUUGGGGCUCAGGUUGACGCUAUCAUAACCGAGUAGUGAACAGUUGGUAGCUAUCGAAGCACUUAAGGGUAGCGACAAAAAGAAGAUGAUGUUCAAUCGAAAAGAAAGUGGUGAAGAGAUUUUAAAACCAUAAACCAAUUGCCCUUUGGAACCAUAGCGAUGAAUAUAACGGAGAGAUAAAUUCGUACUCGCUGAAUUUUGUAAGAUGUAUUAACACAAAAAUGAGUAAUGCUGUUGAGAUGGAAAUAAAAA